CUAAGAGACAUACUUCAGGAAGCUCUACGUGCAACAGCGAAAUGGGCUACCGAAAGUGGUCUAAGUAUAAAUCCGUACAAGACAGAAGUAGUUCUUUGCAUCACGGCCGCACUGAGGACGACACCAUCUGAUGCACUGAAUAUAAUGCUACAUCUUAUGCCUCUGGACAUUGUGGCUAGAUAAAUUGCUGCGACCAUUGCCGUGAGGCUAAGGGAGCUUUGGUCAUGUGGCGUCUACGGACACUGUUUUAUCCUUGAUUCAAUGUCCGAUGUUCAAGGCAGUGAGCUUGCGAGACUAGGAACUACCUUAUACAUUCCAGGAAACUAGAGUCUGUGGGUAUGCUUCUAGCGAGAUGUAAGCUAAGUUUUCAGGACCAGGCCCGAAGGGCAACGAAUGAUAGAUGGUCAUAAAGACGGCGCUGUGAGCAUUCCAAAACUUUGUGGCUUAAUCUAGACAUGAAGAGGUCUACCGCUUUGCUGUCAUUGGCUAGAACAGACGUCUCAGUCAUUGUGUCCGUCAUGACAGGUCACUGUCUAAUCGGAAAACAUGCUGACAGUCUGAAGUUAACCAGUAUCGACAUUUGCAAAAGCUGUGAGGACAUCGAAGAGGAAGAGACUAUAGAACACAUUUUGUGUAUAUAUCCCGCACUGGCCGUCAGUUGGUGUUCCACUUUAGGUUUUAAUUUUUUGAAAACCUGUCUGAUUUAGCGGAUGUGAACAUUCGCAAGUUAUUGGGCUUUUUAAAGCGAUCUGGAUGGUUCAAUGGUAAGAGCUAGAAGGCAUCUUCCUUCCUCUGUUCCUGUGGUAUCGCAUUGGACGAAAACGUCUAAGCGAGUCUGAUGGCAGACUGCCACUUAAACCUUAGGAUAUAAAUACCAACAUGUUUGUUAUUAAAUAACAAGAACUUUAUUGAGUUUGAAAUUUUGCGGCCAAGAUGCCGAAUAUUUAACAAAAAAGCAAAAAUAAUGGAAAACAAAAUUGAUUUUUUAACUUCUGUAAUUCUAACACUAAUGAUGGUUCCGAUAGUUUAUCAGUUACAAAUAAAUUGGAAGACAAGUGGCGAUAUAUAUAAAACAAAACCUUCAAAUAUAAAUAAAUUUGAUGCCAACACUGAUACAUUGGAUACGUUGUCUGCUCGACUAUCUUCAAUUACUCUUCUGAAGUAUUCAUCAUACAGGGAUGUGUCCAUACUACAUUUCCUUAUACCCCCUGAUACACGCCGUGUCCUUUUCACAUUCAAAGCUACAGAGCAAUCAAGUAGUAUCCUUAAAUCUAAAUGCGUGCCUCGAAAUGUAAAUUUGCACCUGAAGGCUAGAAGCUUCCCCGUGAUUAGUCCUGAAAAUAUAACAUUCCCGAAGAGUUUCCUUAAUAAUAAACAGAGAUUCAAAACCCACAGUUUGCAAUUUCAAUCGAAUGGAGUGCUGGAGAAACUACUCAUUGAAGGCCCAUAUGUUGGAAAUUGGUUUGCUGUUGCCUUUUUAAGUUGGACAGACCCAACAAAGGAUAGGAUAGAGCAACAAGGCAUUGCUGCAUCAUGCGAAACACUUUUAAUGGCUGAAAUGUCGUUGUCUAUUUUUAAUCCGAUAAUAACAAGUAAUAGGAUGGUACAAAACAACACAUUACUAGGAAAUUAUGAAGACAAUUGUUGCGACAUUAACAAUAGUUGUAAUAAUAAUAAUAAGGCAAAAACUACAUCAGCAUCUUAUAAGGAAAGGCCACAUAAAGCUGAUAUUAAAGCAUCGAGUUCAAAUGUGAAACCAGAGGCUAAAAAUAUUCAGGACAAUGACAUAGUUUACAAAUUGUUUAUACCCCGUAACGUUGAAGUAGCAACAGCUUUCAUUGAUUUCGCUGAGAAGUGUCUACGCUGUCCCUUGAUUGGAUUUUAUACUCAAGCGAACGCAUUACCCUAUCUUGAUGACAAUAAUGAAGAACUUGGAUCUUCACACAGCAUAUACGUCCAAGCAAAUCGGACAGAAACAAUUUCAUUUAUGUUCAAUGUUCAGCCCUUAACCUGGCAUUACAUCCUGUUGAAGUAUCAUUCAAAAAAUGAGUGCCUGUCAGAAGAAAGUGUUCUGAGCGACGUGAAAUCGGAAAAUUCUACAAAGAAUGAAAAGUACAAUUUAAAAUUUGCUUUAAGGAUUGAAUAUACAGAUGCAAAUGAGAAACAUAAAGAUAACUCGACCGAUAAAGCAAACCUACAAAAACCAAUAGUUUUUCGAAAUAUCACAUUUUAUCCAUUGCAUAGACAAUCGCAUCGUGAAUUUUUCACAUUCAAUUACAGUUUGGUGACCAAUGAAAAUUAUACAAUGCCUUCAACUCUAAAUGUAACAGCUGGAGCUCCAGUGGGAUUAGAGUUUUACAUUGGAGACGUUUACGAUAUAGGUGGCACGUUAACGUUUUCCGCUUUUAUGGAAAAUGAUAACAAGGAAUCAGAAAAGGACAUAUCGCCAUCAUCAUCGAAUUCAUUUGAAAACCCAGGAACCGGAGAUCAUGUUUCGGAUGAUGACGAGUUCCGUCCGAAUUCGGAAGCAAGAAAACACAAAAUUAUUAUUGUCUGCAUGCAUCACGGUCAACCAAGCGAACCUUUAUGGCCCGAUAAAUGCCGUCAUGGACAUCGCCAAUGGGCCGCUACAUCUAUAAUAAACAGCAAAAAUGUAAGUGAGAACAGUGCUUUAUUGCAUGUUCCCUAUCCCGAAUCCGGCAAUUGGUUUGUAACAAUGCGACUUUUUUGCAAUGCGUCUUCACCAGUAGAUCGGUUUUCGGUUCAAAGAGUAAAAGAGUUUGUGAACACCUACCGUAAUAACCUUGAUUCUAUGCACCAAAAUUGUGAUUGCUCACCUAAUAUGACUUAUUACAAAAAAUGUUUAAAUGACCCCAUAUGUUUUGAGACAAUGAACGAGAAAAAUAUUUUAAAAUUCAAGGAGUGCCUCUUAGACGUUAAAUGUACGUCAUUGCAUUUGGAAAUGACAGAGAAAUUUAAAAACAGUAGGAAUGUAGAAUCCAAACAAUUCGCACCAGAAAAUUGCAGUACUUCUGUCUCAUUUUCAAUAUCAUCUAAGCCGUGUAUCAAUGGAACAUGCGGUCACUCCGGACAUUGUUAUCACUACAUGUCGGGAGGAUUUGUUUUUUCAUCCUGUGUAUGCACAAAAGGUUACCGCGGAUGGGACUGUAACGAUGACUCCCAAGUUCUUUCGGAAAUAUCUACGUUGGUAGCUUCUCUGCUACUAAUUCUGAGCAAUUUAUUUUUCAUUCCUAGCGUAUAUAUAGCAGCGCGAAGAAAAUUUGGCAUAGAGUCUCUCAUAUAUUUCUUUGCAAUGUUUUUCUCAAUAUUUUACCAUGCCUGCGAUUCCGGCGAAGAAGAGUACAGCUUUUGUUUAUUAAGUCUAGAAGUACUACAAUUCUGCGACUUUUAUUGCGGCCUUCUCGCCAUAUGGGUAACACUCCUUGCAAUGGCACAGCUUGGUGAGGAGUAUACAGCACUGCUUCAUAUGUUGGGUGCAAUACUUCUGGCGCUUGGAACUGAAGUGAAUAAGCAAAGUCUGUGGGUAUUUUUAACGCCAGUUUUGACCGGGGUAAUUUUAAUAGGAACUAGUUGGGGAGUACGUUGUUAUAAAACGAGGCAAUGCUUUCCUGCUCGUAAAUAUUUAUUGUUCCACAUGCCCAUUGGGUGCGUCUUAGUUAUUUGUGGACUUGUAUGCUACGCCUUUGUUGCAACUAGACAAAAUUACUACAUCGUACACUCGAUAUGGCACGUGGUAAUGGCAUUGAGCAUUGUAUGCCUUUUGCCAUCUAGUAAAUUGAUAAUUGCGGAAUGCUAAACAAACCAGAGGUAAAACAAAGUUGUGAAAAAAAUGUGUCCUAAGUACCCGUUAGAAACGAGAAAAUUUUUUUUAAAUAUAAACAAACAUUCUAGCUUUAAUACGAGGUCUGACCAAAAAAACAUCUUUUGUUUUAAAAUUUCGUGAGUUACGUAUGUUCGAUUUUUUUCAUUUUUAUACCCACCCCAUAGGAUAGGAGGUAUAUUCAUUUAGUCAUUCCGUUUGCAACACAUCGAAAUAUCAAUUUCCGGAUCGUCGUAAAGUUCUAAGACGAUUUAACGAUGGCCCUGUCACUCUAUAGCCUUCAAAAAUUUAGAUAUGGAGCUGAAAUUUGGCACAGAUACGUCUUUUUGAUGUACGCUGGUUAAGUCCUUUGACGGGCCAAAUCGAACCAUAUUUAGAUAUAGCUGCUACAUAAAGGGUCUAAUGCCCAUAAAUGCAUUAUUUUUUAUCCGAUUUCGCGGAAAUUUGAAACAGUGAGUUGAGCCUCCCGCCAUCCGCCCUUAAUAUGUUUCAGAUCGAACUGUAUUUAGAUAUAGCUGACAUUUGAACCGAUCUGCCGUCUAAGGGUCUGGAACCAUUGAAAGCUGCAUUUAUUACCCAAUUUCUCUGAAAUGGGAAUCAUUGAGUUGUUUUAAGCCACCCGCUAUCUAAACCAAAUAUGAUAAAGAUCGGACUGUAUAUAGAUAUAGCUGUCAUAUAGACCGAUAUGCGGAUUAGGGUCUGAAACUCAUAAAAGCUUUAUUUAUUACCCUAUUUCGUUGAAAUUGGAAAUAGUGAGUUGUUUUAACCCCCCGACAUCCGACCCAAAUAUGAGAGAGAUAAGUUUAUAUAGAUAUAGCUGUUAUAUAGACCGAUCUUCCAAUUUAUGAAAAUAUGAUUGAGACCAGCCCCUAUUAAGAUAUAACUUCGGAUGUAGUAGUGGAGUUAUAAUAAAAUAAGAUGAUUAUUAUAUCCUUGUUUAAUUUGGUCCAGAUUUGAUUAUAUGUGAAAUAUAGAACGAUCUCUCGAUUUAAAGUCUUGGCCCCCUAAAAAGGUCAUUUAUUAUCCGAUUUCGUUUCGACAUCCGUUUCUUAUAUGGUUCAGAUCGGUUUAUAUAUGGAUACAGCUGCCAAAAAGACCAAAAUGUUGUCCUAGAAAAUUUAACAGCGACUUAUAUUUAUUAGACCACGCAAUGUUCGUGCCGAUUUUGGUGCAAAAGUUAUCUAAUUUUCACCGGAUUUUGGAUUGGAUUACUAAGAAGGGCACAAGAUAGUUAUUGAACUGAUGAAUAAAAAAAUACUUUUUGAAAAAAUUUAAAAUAACGGUUAUGUUUUGGCCAGACCUCGUAUACUUUGUUGGGUUUGAGUUCAUUACUUCGAUGGGUUACAAACGGAAGGACGAUGUAAGUUUUUCACUUUGAAGGGGACAACAUACUUAUUGGUGAAUAAAUAAAAACUUGUUGAAAAAUUUUUAAAUAAAGGUUAUUUUUUGAUCAGACCUCGUAUAUGCACUGUCACUCACUUGAAUAGAACAUACCUAAUUAAUACACUAAUUUUAAUUAUUUUCUCAAAGUUGUAGUAGAAAGUGCACUCAAAAAAUUAACCAUAUGGUACAGUUUAAAUUAACUAAUUUUUAAUAAAAUUGAACUUUAAACAGCGCUAAAUACAUUUUUAAUCGAGUUUAGCUUCUGUUGUUGUUAAAAAUAGCGAAAUCAUAUGAACCUUUGGUGAAUUUAACGAGUUUUUUCUUCAAUCUGUACAACUGUUAACAAUAGUGUAUGACAUUUUUAACUCAUUUGAAAUUAAUUGCUGGGAUAACAUUCUUUUUAAUCUGUAUAUAAGUGAUUUACCUCGUGUUAUUAAAAAUUCUUCAAUCUUAAUGUAUACUGAUGGCGUUAAAAUUUUCCAAUCGCUCUGUGUUCCUUUUGAGCUGGAUUUGUUACAACUCGAUCUUGAUAACUUUUGUUUGUGGUGUAAUGUAAAUUUAAUGGAACUAAAUAACUCGAAAUGUAAACUAAUGUCUUUCUAUAGAACGCGACACUUGUCAAAAAGUUAUCAUCUAAACGCUCGUGAAAUUGACAUAGAAGAAACUUUUCUAGAUCUUGGCAUCCUCUUAGAUCGAAAAUUGAAUUUUAGACAACAUAUUUCUAUGAUGGUGAAUUGAUCUUUUAGUUCUCUUGGAUUUAUGAAAGGAUGGAGUAAAGAAUUUGAUGAUCCUUCAGUUACUAAGAACUUAUAUAUUUCUCUUGUCCGAAGUACACUUGAAUAUGGAUCCGGUUUACACUAUUCACGGAAAUAAAAUUGAGUCAGUACAGAAAUAAUUUCUACUAUUUUACCUUCGUAAUCGUGGUUGGAAUUACCAAACACUUCCUUUCUAUACGUUUAGAUUAAAUUUAAUAAAGCUCCCUACUCUCAGUAGCUGCAGGUAAAUGUUGAACAUCACUUUCAUCUCAAAUGUUUUACACGGGAAUUUGAAGUAGAAUUUUUGUUGAUCCGGCUUAAUAUUAACGUUCUUUCAAGACUAACGAGAAAUUUUCAACUGCUUAAUAUUCAAUAUCGUCAAAGCGAUUUUGCAAAUAAUGAUCAUUUUCGUCGUAUUUGUUUAGAUUUUAAUAAAUAUUAUCCUCUUUUUGAUC